AUGGAGAGUCAAGACAGCAUUGAUUUCGCGAAGUUACAACGCGACGCGUUGGGGCUAGUAUGUAACGACCCUGCAGGACUCCUCACACCUCAUUGGGCUAAUCCCAGCAUUCAGCACGAUCCAUUUCAGCCGGAUAUUUCGCAGUCUAUCAAAUCCAACACACUCCGUCCCACCCACGAAGUCAACGACAUUUCCAUAAUUAACGAUCAACCUCCGAAACCGACGCCAAUCCGCCCGAACAGAAGUCGUCACCCUCCGUUUCGACCCCGGCAGCAUGCAGCACACAUGAUGAUGAAAAAUGAUGGCAUUGAAGCGGCAACCGCCCCAGAUUCACAGUUUGCCAAUAUGAGCUCCGCCGACGCCACUCCGGGGGAUACCCAGGUCGUCUCACAGUCAGUGUACGACAGCAUAAUCCGGCAAAAUGAGGAGUCAAUGCGAGACGACGAUUCACAGACAGGAGCCGAUGGCGCAACUCUAAGAACAUUGCAUGAGGGCGAUAGCGGGCAUAUUGAUCUCCUCGCGGAGCUAGAAACGCACCGCGAUCCAAUCUUCUCUCAGGACGACAACGACAUUGCAAGCACCUCUGAGCCUAACCAGUCUUCACCAAUGGCCUUCGCACCCAACCUGUUCCCCGAGUCGCAACGGUUUCUUGCCGAAACACCCGCGACGGCGGUGAAAACAAACGGCAUCGAGGGUGUGACAACCGAGACCCCGACCGUCUCACGAAAUCCACUGGCUGGUGACAUUGAGUCUAGCGGUGGCUUUCUCGGCCUGAGUCAGGUAUUUGGAGCCACCCAGGCUCCAUCGUCUCCUCUUGUUCACGGUCUGCAUUCUGAGCUGGCAUCUGAUCGGCCGUCUCCCAAUAUUCCGAUCCACCGCGCCCGUUUCACCAAUGGUAUAACGUCGCCAAUGGUGGGUCUGCCCGGGAAUUUCAUGAGUGAAUCAUCAGAGCCAAACUUGAAUUAUAUUUCCAUGAAGGAAUCGCAGACGAAACGUGACCGGACGUUGGAUGAGAGAAUGGUUCGGUCAGCCGACAACAUCCUAUCGGACCAGAGUGACCGGGAAUUCUACAAAGAGUCCAGCCACGUCGAGCGGGCACGGCGUCAGCGCGAAUUCGAGGCGGAAAGUGCAGCCCAGUUCAAGGGCCUAAGUGCGCCUGCCCGAUCUAGUUCAGCCAGAGCGCAGUCACCCCGUGAGCAACCAACCGAAGAUGAUCAGGUUAUGGUCGAUACUGUUGCCAGCGAGGAGGAAACAGAACAAGAGGAGGAUUCCGUCAUGCAAGUGCCAAAGUCUCAAGACGCUCCUCAAUCUUCGAUGGAAGAGGAUAAAGAGAACUUCGAUGGUCCUCUGGAUGCCGCUGCUGCUGCGAGUGCCCACGACCGACUAUCUCAGGUGCUUGGAUAUGAUACAAUGGCCUCACCAUCCCAUGAAAGGCUUGAUCCAGAAAACCGUGAUGGGAUGGGCCGUCGAGGCUCCGUGGCCUCAUAUACAGAUGGGCAGCCGACUGGUAUAAUUCGCUCUUCCCAGAUAAUGGUGAAAGAUUCUCAACCAUCGCCUGAACCAUCACCCAAUCGCGCUGGCCCCAAUCAUCGAGAGAGUGUCUUAAAAUCACCCACGCCGUCUCGUUCUCGCCUGCGCCUCUCGCCUCGAGAACGUCUCCAGUCCUCACCUCCACUUUCUCGACCAACGUCACGACAGUCAAACAGCAAUCCUGGCAGCAAACAGAAAAAGACUGGUUCAGUAUCGCUGGAACAUAUGAGCGACGCUGAAACGAAUGUAUAUAUCAACGAAAACGGACAAAAUAAUUCCAACAACGCAUCAAAGGAGCAAGCUCCUGAAUCAUCGCGGUCAGAGGUGGAAGCGGGACCGAGAAGACCCUCCUCAUCCACGUCAACUCAUGCAACGGAGACGCCUGUCCAUCGGCGCCUGAAGAAUGUUGGUGACUUGGCUCGGCUAACCAGUAUCCCAGAGACAAGUCCCACCCAGUCCCACUGCAACUCCGAGGCUGGGUCCAAUGUGGAGGGCGUGAACAAUGAAGAUGAUGACCUCCCGCCGAUGUUCAAUGGAGUUCCUACUGCUAGCCGAACCAACCAAUUACGCCCUACGGGGACAAGAGCACUCUCUUCGCCCCUCAAGAGGCUACUGUCUAGUCCAGGAGGAAGCCAACGCCGAGCUCUGACCCAAAUUGCCGCAGAUCUCUCACCGCAGGCCGGGACGGGGGACUUUGAUAUCGGCUUAUUCACAAAGGAGGAUCAAGAUAUCAGAGCAUUGAUGGAAAUGUCGCCCACCCGUCCGAAGAAGAGGCGCCGCGGCAAUAAUAGCUCAAGUUACAUCGCCUCAGAUCCCGUCGUACCUAUCACUCCUCGCCCGCACCCGCCUAAAUCAGUUGCGCCUGUCAAUCCAUCCCAAUCUCUAUCGGCUACUAUUCCCGAAAAUUCAACUGGUACCUCACCCGUGCAAGUUCCAGAAACUGAAACUCGGAGGCAACCGAAGCCUCCACGACGAGCAAAUGACAAUAUCUGGGAAGUCGAGGGCUCACCUGAGCAGGCCCCACGACGGAAGUCGAGGGUUGGCAAAAAGGCCAUAUCACGGUCGAUGCAAGAAAGACAUGUUCCUGAAACAAGCUCUGGGUUAGUGGAAAAACCGGUGAUUCCAUCCAAGAACGUGGUUUCCAACCGACCGAGCCUCUGCCCCCCGCCACAUCCGUCCUCGGAAUUGACAGAGGUAUCGUCAGCCAUUGGGUCAGAUGAUAUCGUCGAGCCAGAAAUACCCUCCGUUGAUCAAUCACCCACCACACCUCGGAAAUCCCACACAUUGCCAGAAGACUCCUCUCAAAUCGCACCAAGUCAGGUACUUGCGGUGUGGAUGGGCCAUAAGCGUGCAUACUACCCUGCAACGUGCUUUGGGACACCACUGGGAGUAUCUCAGACCAAAUUCUCAGUGAAGUUUGAGGACAGUGUUCCUCUCGAAGUGACCAAAGGUGCUGUCAAAAGGUUUGAGCUUCGAAUUGGAGACGGAGUUAAAAUCGAUAUGCCCAAUGUUCCCAAAGUCACCCAUGUUGUGCGUGGAUUCGAUGACAAGUUCACCCGAGAAGAGCUUGCGAAAGCGGUUGAUGAUGGUCUUCAUCCUAUCACCGACGUCUAUGGUCACUCUACCGUCAUAGUUGGACCGAAGCAACGCAAGAGUCUGCCCCAUGGAGGCCUAAAUAACGCUGAAAACGUGAUCAAGGUGCCGAUUGCUCGUGUUUAUCUUGAUACGAUCCUGUGGAACCAACUUAAAGACCGGGCCUUCACAUAUCGCCCAGCCCCUGUUCUACAAGAGAGCGCAGUACAUACACCUUCCGAGAAGUCUGUACCUCCAUCUCCUAGCGCUCGUCUCUCGCGCAGUAUCCACCAGGACAGCGGUAUCUUCGCCGGCAUGGCUUUCGCCGUUUCUUAUAAAGAAGACGAGACCACCAAAAAUCGCAUUACGAGACUGAUCAUGGAGCACGGCGGAACUUUACUGCACGAUGGCUUUACCGAGCUUUUCGAAGCCUCUUCCAUCGUUCCCACCGAUACCCCUACCAAGUCAACGGGCAAGGAAGCUUCCAACAGCAAAGGACUCCAACUCACACCGCUCGCCGAAGAUGUUGGCUUCGCAUGUCUGAUUGCGGACACCCACUCUCGCCGCGAGAAAUACAUGCAAGCACUCGCACUCAACCUCCCCUGUCUCUCUGGUCGCUGGGUCGAAGAUUGUAUUUCCAAAGGCUGUGUCCUAGACUGGGACAUAUACCUUCUCCCAGCAGGAGACUCAAUGUACCUCAAUGGCGCAACGAAAUCACGACUCAUGCUCCCAACACCGCCCACCACAGCACGCCUUUCCGAAACAGUAUCUGCACGCCCCAAACUGCUAGCCGGUCACUCCGUCCUCCUCGUAAUGGGUCGCGGCAAGGCAGAAGAAAAGCGCAAAGCUUACAUCUUCCUGACCUACGCUCUGGGUGCGUCACGUGUCGACAGAGUCCCGGACCUAUCUACCGCCAGGGCGUUGAUACAAUCACAGGCCGGGGCUGGUUUGCCGUCCUGGGAUUGGAUGUAUGUUGAUGAUGCGGACCAGGCUGCUGCGAGGUCCAUGCUUGCGCCGAGGACGCCCAGAAUUCAUCUUGUCCAUGGAAAGAAGAGGAAGAAGUCUAUUGCUUCGUCUACACCUGUCUCGGAGACUAACUGUACCACACGGGUUGUGGGUAACGAGUUUGUUUGCCAAAGUCUGAUUCUAGGGCGCUUGUUUGAGUGA